AUGGGUUCAAAAAAAGGAAUAGCAAUUGGUACUGAUACCAAGCCGCCAGUACUUUUCACAGGAGAUUACAAGAAGUGGAGAGAUAGAUUUCUCAAUUUUAUUGAACGUAUGAAAGAAGGAGAGCUGAUUAUGGAAUCACUAAUGGAAGGAUCAACAGUAUUCUGGAGAGAAACUCCUGCUAUUCUAGCAGAGAAUAGGGCUGCUCAAAGAAUGAUUAAAGAAAAAUCCAGAUCUACUAUUGAAGAAAAAGAAAGAGCACAUACUGAUGUGUUAUGUAAAUCUUACAUGAUGCAGGGGCUUACAAAUGACAUUUAUACCAGUAUUGACAGCUACAAAGCUUCUGGUCAUAGCAUGUGGAAACAAAUCGAGAAGAUGAUGAUGGGCUUUAAAGUUGGAACUCAGUUAAAGAUCACCAACUGCAGCACAACAUAUGAAGAGUUUAAAGCUAAAGAUGGAAAGUGUCUUGAUGAAGUAUAUGAAAGAUUGACCAGACUGUUAAAUGAGCUAACAAAGAAUGGCAUUUCUAAAACUGUAAUUGAAAUAAAUGUUAAAUUCCUGAGUAAUCUGCAACCAGAGUGGAAACCUUAUGCAAACAAUAUCAGAUAUAAUAAAUCCUUGUCUGAUAUUGACAUACAUGAGAAGAACAAAGUUAAGUCUGGCAAGCAGGUUAAAGUGGUUAUUCAGACAAGCGAGUCAUCAAGUGAAAGUAGUGACAAUUAUGAUUCUGACUCAGAAAUGAAUGAAAUAAAACAGGCCAUGGCAAUGCUAACUAGAGCCUUUCAGAAGAAAUUUCAGAAGAAACCGCACUCUCACAAUCAAAGAUUUUCUUCGGGUUCUAAAUAUGAGUUGAAAGAUAAAUUUGGAGAACAGAAAAAGCAUGAUGAGAAGAGGUAUGAGAAGAAGUAUGAGAAGAAACCUGAAGAAAACAAGAAGUUCGUUAAAGGAGUGGCAGACGACAACACCAAGUGCUACAACUGUGGCAAAUUGAGACAUUUUAUGGUGAAUUGUCGAAAGCCGGUUUCAAGAAAUACCGACUAUUAUAAAAAUAAGUUUCUCCUGUAA